CGCGCGCUUGUGUGACUCGCCUGUGCGCGAGCCAACAUUGUUUUGCCUGUCCGCACACCUUUCUUUCUUGCAAACACUCGACUGCAUUUCUGCAACCUUGUUGUAACCGGACGGCUUCUCUUACUGCUGUUUUUCUCGAGCUGGCAUCUGCCAGUGCUACAAAGGGCAGACGAGGACUAGAAGAACGUACUUGGAACCAACAGCCAGUCUACAGUUAAAGUACUACCAUCAGCCCAAUGCUCGAAAUAUUUGCAGUAGAAAACUGAAACAAUGUAGUCUAACAUGGACAUGACCUCCAGCAUUAAAAAGUGUAAUGUGGACUCUAAUCACAAUCUAGCGGGCCACGAUUUUGCAGAAAUAGUCUAACAUGCAUUUGCACUGUUCCUGUCCAUCAAAGCUCCUUGCUUUACAUAAACAUCACAGAUUCGAUGUUAAAAUGCUGUUACUGAAAGUGAGUUCCCCACAUAAGUGAGGCCUUUAACAGUUAUAAAGCAAAACAGUAGAGACAGUAUGGCAAAUCAAAGAAAGUAGUGGGGGUGUAACAAAUCCUGGCGGAACUGUCUCCUCCAAGUCUGUUUCCAAACAAAACACAAGAAUGAUUUGUCCGAGAAAGAAAAAAAUAGCCGGUGCUGCAAAUUUUUCAACUAUAGCAAUUCCUUCAAUGAAAGGUUAUGGCUACCUGGAUUAUACUGUUGAGAACCACACAGUCAGGGCUUUUGAAACAAUGGAUGAAUUUAGGAGGAAUAAACAGCUAUGUGACAUAAAAAUUCAUGUGAAAUACAAGGACCAAGAAGAAGACUUUUUUGUUCAUAAAAUAGUUCUUGCCUCAUGCAGCUCUUAUUUCAAAGCAAUGUUUACAAAUGAAUUUAAGGAAUGUCAUGCCCCAGAGAUCACGAUCCAAGAUGUCUGUCCAAGGGUAAUACAGACAAUCGUAGACUUUGCAUAUACAUCACGAGUAACGGUUGGCCAGAAGUGUGUGUUACAUGUCCUUUUGGCAGCAAUGAUGUAUCAAGUGGAAGAUGUAUCCAAGAUCUGUUGUGAUUUUUUGGUCAAACACUUGGACCCUAGUAACGUAAUUGGGAUUUCCAGCUUUGCUGAACAAAUCGGAUGCUGUGAGCUCAGUCAGAAGGCCAAAGAGUAUAUCAACAUGCACUUUAAUGAGGUGGUAAAAGAGGAAGAAUUCUUGAACUUGUCACACUGUGCAUUGGUGGAUCUCAUAAGCCAAGAGAAUCUCCUUGUUCUGUGUGAGUCUGAAGUUUACAAUGCAUGCAUUGAAUGGGUCCGCUGGGACAUAGACAACAGAGCACAAUACUUUCAUGCACUUUUGAAUGCAGUUCAUCUUUACUCUUUGCCACCGAAGUUUUUGAAGAUCCAGCUUCAACACUGUCCAAUUCUGCACAAAGCAGACACCUGCCGUGACUAUUUAUCUAGGAUUUUCCAAGAUAUGGCACUCCGUAAAUCUCUUCCUCCCACAAAACUACGGGGCAAUCAACUUAUUUAUGUAGCAGGUGGCUACCUUCAGCAUUCUUUGACUUCCAUGGUGGCUUACAAUCCAAGGACAGAGGAGUGGGUGACACUAAUGGAUAUGCCAGCUCCAAGAAGUGGCCUUGGAGCCUGUGUUCUUUUUGGACUUUUUUAUGCAGUUGGUGGUAGAAAUAACUCACUUAAUGAAAACACUGAUUCCAAAUCAUUACACUGCUUCAACCCAAUGACAAACCAGUGGAGUACAAGAGCAGACAUGACCGUGCCCAGGAACCGUGUAGGGGUGGCAGCGGUUGAUGGUUUUAUUUAUGCUGUUGGGGGUUCAUCUGGAUCUGCUCAUCACAACAGUGUUGAAAAGUAUGACCCUGAGAAUGAUGAAUGGACAGUAAUAGCACCGAUGUCGACAGCCCGGAUUGGAGCAGCUGUGGCUGCAUGCAAUGGCCUUCUGUAUGCCAUUGGUGGGUUUGAUGGCGAAAAUCGCUGCAGCUCAGUAGAAUGUUAUCAUCCAGACAGGGACAUGUGGCUACCAGUUGCCUCCAUGCAAAACAUCAGAAGUGGUGCAGGAAUUGUAACACUUAACAAAUACAUCUAUGUCAUUGGUGGCUAUGAUGGUGCAAAUCAGUUGAACAGUGUGGAGCGAUAUGAUACGGAAAAUGACUGCUGGGACGUGGUAUCUUCCAUGACCCAUAAGAGGAGUGCACUGGGGGCAGCAGUACACCAAGGCACAAUUUACACUUUUGGUGGUUUCAACCAAGAUGGAUUUUUGUCCACUGUCGAAUGCUAUAACCCAGAAACCAAUGAAUGGAGGAGCGUGACAGAAAUGCUGUCGGCACGAAGUGGAAUGGGUGUGGCAGUGACAAUGGAGCCAUGUAUAAGGACGACUGAGGAGAAUGACAAUCACUGUUAGGAAACAAAUCCAAAAACCCAGCAAGCAUGUGUGUUCAUUGUUUACACAGAGUAUCUAUCCACAGACAGAUUAAGUAUCUGGAUUGGUUAGACUGAAGUAAGAAAGUAUUAAAAAGACCUGGCACUCUAAAAAGGUCUUAAAAUGCCGGCAUGUCAAGGGAUGUCCUUUUCCUCUGGUUAAAACCCAUUAAUCUGCACAUAUGGGACUUUGACAUGACAAACUUUUUUUUCUGAGUAUAUGAUGCUGCUUAAUGUGAAUUUAGACAAAGGAAGAAAAGGCUGAACACCACAUAACAAACCAUGUUUAGCAAGAUCACCACAGGAAUCAGUUCUUGUCAUCAUAUGUCCUUUCAGCAGAAAAAAGUAUAUCAGUGGGCAGGGUACCAUAAGGGCACAAUUAAUAUAGGAUAGUUAUGUCAAAUCUGCCAUCUGUUCUCAGAAGAAGAUAGCUGUUUAAAAUGGCUGCAGGGAUGAACCCUUGUUUUACUCUUUAGCAUAUGGAAUGUGAGUGUUCUAACUUCAUGACAGUCGUAGCCUGUAAAGUCAUUAAGUAAUUAUAUACCAUACGAUGCCAAAGUAUAUUGAUACCUUUAAAGUAUUUUUCAAGCACAUCUUGAGGUAUUAACUGGUUUAGUAGAUUGCCUUCAACAUUUAAUAAAUGUGAGUAAAUGUCAUAAGAUCUCACCUUACUGGAUGAGUUUAAUUUCAGCAGGCUGGCUCUGGCUUGAGGCUCUUUAGUCGGUCUCGUCUGGUUAAAUAUUAAGAGAUUCCCCUAGCCUGCACUGUAUGACCAGCAGUAUUUGAGUGUUUGCACAUUUGAUAGGAUCUAUGGGUCUGUAACCACUGAUCUUUUAUUAUGUGAAACAAAGAUCUUUGCCUUCUGCAAGUUGUGAGGAGUUAAGGCUCCUUGCUUGCAAAAUCUUGUAGGUAAUCAAAAGCAUCCCUCCCAAUGAAAAAUAGCCUAGCUAAAUGACCUGAAAACUCAAUUGCUAGUUCUGUUUGCUUAGAAGGUAUCUCCUGAAUGGUGGUUGGAGGGAGGGGUCAUCUCAUCACGAAAACAAUUUGUUGAACAUGAUUUGGUGAAGCUACCUUUUUAACCAAAGUUAAUUUUUGAGCAGCUGCAGGAAAUCUGUAAGAGAACCAAUAUUUUUCCACUUGUGGGGGUGUUAGCAAUACAUGCUAAUGAAUUCAACACUAUUUAUUAAUCUACUGGCAAGGAAGACAGCCAUCUUCAUUCAGUAAAGAUGUCUGUAGCUGUACUACUGCUAUAUCAGCCCUAGGAGCUGUUGCUUAGAAAGCAGUACUUUUCAAAUUACAAACAGUUCCCACAGUCCCUAUACAUAAAUAUUUUAUGUCUUAACCACUAUCUCCCACCACAGGCUGUUAGUGACAUCUCACUGCUUAGUACCUCAAAAACACGUAUGUUUUUCUCAGAUAAUACUAGGUUUUCAGGAAGUGCCCACAAAAUGCAACUUUCCCUUCAUGAGACCAGGAAAAAAAGUUCUUGAAAGUAUCAGUGUACAUAACUAAGAGUAUUUCCAGCCCCCCCCCCCCCCAAUAAAAUUUGACUCAAAAUAUUUUGCAUGUUUGUCAUUCUAUUUCUUACCUGUCACUUUAACUAGUUGUACUCAUCGAGUACUGUGAUAUCUGUGGCUCCCCAUAGCACUCUACACAUUCUUAAUGUUCUGGUACAUUCAUACAGGUUAUUUAAAUAGUAAUGUCUGGAUAGUGUUCUUCUCAAAGGACUAAAAACGUAAGCAUCAUAUGCUAUUUAUUGAACUUGUCGUAUGAAAUGGUUCUACUGAAUCAGUAUGAAAACUUACUGCUGACCAGACCCACUUUACAAAGCAUGCCAUAAUUGUGACCAUAUAACGUUGAAUUUGGCAGCCAUAUUAUUACAACACUAUCCAAGCAGAAAGUUGCUCUCACGUAUAACAUGGCAUCUUAUUAUUAAAAUGGUGUAUGACUUUAGGCAUGGCCAUUUCCUUUUUGCAGUUUGCAAACAAACUUAUAAGGAACACAGCCAAAUGUGAUAAAAGAAAUGUCAAUGAAAUGUUGCAAAUACUACAAAAUGUACUGUUUAAGAAAACUGACUUUCUUAUUUUAAGAGUCAUUCUUACUGUUUUGCAAGGCAACAGUGCUGCACAGAUGGGGACUUUUUAUAUACAGCUACGGUUUUCAUAUCAGUCAAUAUUUGCAGUUGUCAUAACUUGUGCUGCACUUUUUGAAUGGUGUCAUGCAGGGACAGUUUCUUAUAUAUAAAGCAGUUCCCUCCUGAAUAUGUAAUACACAGUUUCAAUGCAUGAUCUUAGAUUUAGAGACUGGCCUCAUGGCUACCUCAUCUUACUGUUACCACACAUUUAAAGUUUGUAUUGUACACCUUAUAAAAGUCUUAAUACUUACAUGCUGCACAUUUUGUGGUGCUGUGUUACUCUGCAAAAGGGAGUGUGAGGAAACAGAACUUAUUUUUUUCUGUAAGCACCCUUGCAAAGAUUUAUCACAUUGAAAACUCAUUGGUAUUUAAUUACCUUUAGAGAAUGAAACACAAUUUUAGCUAUGCUUUUCUUUUAAUUAAAACAUGGUUCAUUGCUGGUUAUCCUAGUUA